GUUGAGCCCCGCCGGCUCGAGUUAUUUAGGAUGCUUCGCUCGCUCUCUUUGUGUUUAUAUCUGUCUGAAGCGGCGGGCUGAAUGGCGUAGUCUGAAGCGGUGGUUUUUCAGUCGCAUGUCGGUAUUAUUUGAGGGUUUGGGCAGGGAUGGACUCGCUCUUUGGGACCGCGGCUGCUGCGCAAAAGUCCGGCUCUCCAGCGGCGAGUAAUGGAGCUGCCAGCAGAAAAACCGCCAAAAACGGCAGCAAAAAGUACAAAAACCGCUCAGCCCGAUAUCCGAAAGCAUGCAAUAAUCCGCCUUAUCUACCUCCAGAGGCUGAAGAGGGAAACAUUGAGUACAAGCUGAAGCUGGUGAACCCCACGCAGUACCGCUUCGAGCACCUGGCCACGCAGAUGAAGUGGCGCCUGCAGGAGGGCCGCGGGGAGGCCGUGUAUCAGAUCGGUGUGGAGGACAACGGGCUGCUGGUGGGCCUGACGGAGGAGGACAUGAAAGCCUCUCUCAAAACACUGCGCAGGAUGGCUGAGAAGGUGGGUGCAGACAUCACGGUUCUCAGAGAGAGGGAGGUGGAUUACGACUCGGAUGAGCCUCACAGAAUCGCUGAGGUGCUGGUCAGGAAAGUGCCAGAUGAUCAGCAGUUCUUGGACCUGCGGGUAGCGGUGCUGGGUAACGUGGACUCAGGGAAGUCCACUCUGCUUGGUGUACUCACACAAGGAGAGCUGGACAACGGGAGAGGGAGAGCGCGACUCAACCUCUUCAGACACCUUCAUGAAAUCCAGACGGGACGGACCUCCAGUAUCAGCAUUGAGAUCCUGGGCUUCGACAGCAAAGGAGAGGUGGUGAACUACAGCGAGUCCCGAACGGCGGAGGAAAUCUGCGAGAGUGCCUCAAAAAUGAUCACCUUCAUAGACCUGGCAGGCCACCACAAGUAUCUCAAGACCACCAUCUUUGGCUUAACCAGCUACUGUCCAGACUUUGCCAUGCUCGUGGUCAGUGCCAACACCGGCAUCGCGGGGACGACACGAGAGCACUUGGGUCUGGCCAUGGCGCUGAAGGUGCCCAUCUUCAUUGUGGUGAGUAAGGUGGACCUGUGCACCAAAGGCACCGUGGAGCGCACCGUCCGACAGCUCGAGCGCAUCCUCAAGCAGCCGGGCUGCAACAAAGUGCCCAUGCUGGUGUCCUCCACAGACGACGCCGUCACUGCCGCCCAGAAGUUUGCACAAUCACCCAGCAUCACCCCUAUCUUCACCCUGUCCAGCGUGACGGGGGAGAGUCUGGAUUUGCUGAAGGUCUUCUUUAAUAUUCUACCUCCCCUCAGCAACAGCAAGGAGCAGGAGGAGCUCAUGCAGCAGCUCACCGAGUUUCAGGUUGAUGAGAUCUACACAGUGCCGGAUGUGGGGACAGUAGUUGGUGGGACUCUUUACAGUGGGAUCUGCCGCGAGGGAGAGCAGCUGGUGGUCGGACCCAUGGACGACGGGAAGUUUCGUGAGCUGACGGUGUGCAGCAUCCAGAGGAAUCGCUCCGGGUGCAGGGUGCUGAGAGCCGGACAGGCCGCUACUCUGGCGCUGGGAGAUUUCGACCGUUCACUAUUACGAAAGGGAAUGGUGAUGGUCAGCCCAGAGAUGAACCCCACUAUCUGCUGGCGCUUUGAGGCUGAGAUCGUUUUACUCUUCCACGCCAAAACGUUCCACAAGGGCUUCCAGGUGACGGUGCAUGUGGGCAACGUUAGACAGACGGCCACGGUCGAGGCUCUGCAAGGAAAGGACGAGCUGCGCACCGGCGAGAAGGCAGUGGUGCGCUUCAAGUUCAUCAAGCACCCCGAGUAUCUGAAGGUGGGCGCCAAGCUGCUCUUCAGAGAGGGGGUCACCAAAGGCAUCGGCCAGGUCACCAAACUACAGCCAUCCAAACACAGCUCUUCUCAUCACGCCCCAGAGUCAGUCCUGUGAGGCUUUCACUGCGUUUACAGUCAUCCAGCGGCGUUCGGACGGCACUGAAUAACGACACAGUCCUCCUGUCAUUAUUCACUAACCAAAGGACAGAGAUUGUGUUUUUCUUUAGCUAGUUUUGUUGUUUUUAUUAGCGAUGUCAAUGAAGAAUCUCGUGGCAGCUACAGUCGUGAGAGUGAAAUCAUCGCUCUGCUGCACCAAACGCCAGAAAGCCUCUCUGAUGUCUUUUUAUUUAUUUUAGCGUUUUCUAAAGAGGUUUUUUUACUCUCGAGCUUUAACAGCACAGGCUUUAGAUAUCUCUGCUAGAAGUCACAAAGUGUUCCUUCUGACGCUUCAGAAGUCGAUCUGCCUUGACCUGUUUCUGCCUGCACUCCAGUGCUUUAGUAGCUCAGGAAAGCAUUACGUUCACACGUCACUGAUUAUGCAAAGCAGCCUUUGUUCCUGCUCUCCGUCUCGUUUUCUCUCUUGGGUCUCUAAGCUGCAGUCACUAGUAUAGUGUGCUACACCUCGGUGUGUCUCUCUGAACACUUGGUUUGGUGCUAAGGCUUUUGAUUGGUUGUUUUUAGAUGUUGAACAGGGGUUUGUUAGCCAGCGCUGUCCUGUAACCAUCGCAUGCAUGUUGGUCUCAGUACUGAAUCACAUAUCAGGACACGUUCAUGCUCAAGUUUCUACUAUAUCACUGUUCUGUGUGCAAUUUUAGAAGAAGAAAUAUAUCUGAACCAAAUUUAUAUAGAAUGUUACAGAGAAUUCUGGAUGUUUUAGUUCCUUAGAUUUGUAAUCAUUUCUACUUUUUUUGAGUGACGUCUCAUUUUACACCAAAUGUCUCUUUUCUGGCUUUACAUGCUAGAUGUUUUUUUGAGAUUUUUAAAAAAUAUUUUAGCCUUAUUUUUUGGUGAAUUGGAAUAUUUAUGUACAAAUUUGUUUGUAUAUUGUGAUGUACAUAAAUAAAAGUUUAUUACAGUUUA